AUGACUAGUACAACUGCAAAUGUAUCUUCUAACGAUUUACAACGAGCUCGCGAAGAAUUAUGGGCAAAUUUACAAGAUAUCGAUGCGCGUCUAAAAGAGACUUUUGUUCCGCCGCAUUUUCGUAUAACAACAUCCUCAACUAACAAUCAACGUACAUUUUCAACUAAUGGUCAUCAAACAACACCAUCAAUUGUAAAACGUACUCGAGUCUCAUCGUCAUCAUAUGAUGAAGUAAAUGCACCUUUACCAGAAAAUAACUUUGAUGAAUCAUUAUCAUCGUCAAAAUCUCUACAUUCAUCCAUUGUACCAACAAAUAAAAUAAUAAAAACUAAAGACGAUCUCAUAUCACUGGUUAAUCGAGAUCAACAAUCAACUGGACGUAAUCGUCGUAUGUUUGGAGUUUUAUUAGGUACAUUAAAUAAAUUUAAAGCUGAAGCCAAUGCUUACAAUGAGCAAACAGUUGGUAUGAAACGACAUCAAAUUGAAAGACGUUUAGAAGAAAAACAAGCCAAAGAACGUGAAGAUAAACAACAUGAACGUACUGAAUUGUUAGCAACAAAAAAGUCUUGUCAACAAAAAUUAAAAUUAGUUAAUAUUAAACUAGAAGUCACGCAACGUAUGGCGACACAUGAAAAACUUCAUUCACCAUUAAGAAAUUUUAUUCGUACGAAAACUAAACCUUAUAUUUUUUAUUUACCUAAAGGUUCCAUGGAUGAGAUACUUGAUAAAAAACUUCAAGAAAGUCAAAUUGAAAUCGAUAAAGAACUCGAAGAAUUUAAACGAGAUUGCCAACGCGAAUUGGAUUUACUGGAUGAUAAUACAACAAAUCUAAAUGAUGAUGAUAAUGAAACUAUAAAUAGUAGAAAACGAAAAUUUAGUGAACAUGAUGUUGUUGAUGAUGAUGAUGAUGCAUUAGCUGAUUUACCUGAUGAAAUAACUUUAUCGGCACCAGAAGUAAAAAGUGAAGUUGUUAAUACAACAAUAAAUUCUAAUCUUGAACAAACAAGUAAACAUAAUAAUAAUCAUAAUCAUACACCAGUCCCAACAAAAUCAACACGCACGGUUAUCUACGAUGAAAUAAAACCGUCGGAUCAACAGGAUGAUCAAUCAAUCAAUGAUUGA